GAUUCAUAUGCGAUAUUCAUAUGUAUAACUCUCGGUGAAAGCAGAAAAAUAACGUCGUUGGUUGUUUCAGGAAAAAGAGAAUUGUGACAAUUGCUAUAGGCAGCGAAUGGCAACGAGUGGAUUCGUACUAUUUCUCCUAACAGGUUUUUCUGUGGCUGUUCUCUCCGUCCUAUUCGUCAGCCAUCCGGCCAAUUCCCAAAACUCAAACCAAAACGGGUUAUCAUCUUCAAGCUCCACUCUUUCGCACUCCGCAUAUGGAUCCAUCACCGAAACUGUUUGGCCGAAAUUAGAGUUCAGUUGGAGACUUGUGUUGGCAACAGUAAUAGGAUUUCUGGGAUCGGCUUGUGGAACCGUGGGUGGAGUGGGAGGGGGAGGCAUUUUUGUUCCUAUGCUUACUUUGAUUGUCGGGUUCGAUACCAAGUCUGCUGCUGCGCUUUCUAAAUGUAUGAUAAUGGGGGCAUCAGCAUCCUCGGUGUGGUACAAUCUAGGAGUGAGGCAUCCAACAAAGGAAGUGCCGAUCAUAGACUACGAUCUGGCUCUCCUCUUCCAGCCCAUGCUUAUGCUUGGCAUCACUCUCGGUGUUGCGCUUAGCGUUGUCUUCCCCUACUGGCUAAUUACUGUCCUCAUCAUUAUUCUCUUCUUGGGGACCUCAUCAAGGUCUUUCUUCAAGGGAAUCCAGAUGUGGAAGGAAGAGACUGUCUUGAAGAAAGAAAUGACCAAUAGACAAGGAGCACAUGUGGUUAAUUCUCGUGGUGAACUUCUGAUUGAUACCGAGUAUGAGCCAUUGUUACCCAGAGAAGAGAAAACUCAAAUGCAAAUAGUAUGUUUCAACCUCAGGUGGAAAAGAACUUUGGUGCUACUACUUGUAUGGGUAUUUUUCCUUGUCUUGCAGAUCAUCAAGAAUGAUGUGGAGGCUUGCAGUGCGUGGUAUUGGGUGCUCUUCUGCCUACAGUUUCCAAUAGCACUUGUAGUGUUUGGAUAUGAAUCCGUCAAGCUGUACAUCGAACACAAGAAGAGGGUGAGAAUGGGUAACACCGAAUCUAUUUGCGAGGCUUCCAUCGGAUGGACUGCCACGCACAUUGCAUUCUGUUCACUUUGUGGCAUCUUGGGAGGCAUUGUCGGGGGCCUACUCGGUUCUGGUGGCGGAUUCAUUCUGGGCCCUCUGCUCCUUGAGAUUGGUGUCAUCCCCCAGGUUGCAAGUGCGACAGCAACAUUUGUCAUGACAUUCUCGUCAUCCUUAUCCGUGGUGGAGUUCUACCUUCUCAACAGGUUCCCUAUUCCAUAUGCAUUAUACCUCACAUCGGUGUCUAUUUUGGCUGGCUUCUGGGGACAGUUCUUAGUAAGAAAACUUAUCACAUUUUUGGGAAGAGCAUCAAUUAUUGUAUUCAUUCUCUCCGGUGUCAUCUUUCUUAGUGCUCUCACAAUGGGGGUCGUUGGUAUUGAGACUAGCAUCAAGAUGAUACGCAAUCACGAGUUCAUGGGAUUUUUAGGGUUCUGCAGCAGUCAGUGAUCAUGAUCAUGAUCAGUAGCAACGUCGACGGGAAGUUCUAAGGAAGGAUAUUAUUAUUAUAUAAUCAAGCAAUGGCGAGUCUUGGCCAAUUACCUAGUUGACCAACUCUCUCAACCUCCAAUAAAUUCAUUUUUUUCUUUUUAGAAAAAAGAAAAAACUUCAAAUUUAUUAUGAAGCAAUAAAAGUCUGGUGUGAGUCGAUGGACAGGGAGGCUGUGUUCAAGGUUAGCUACUGGCUAACAUGACCGCUACCCAUGCAAAGUACCUCUUCUACUAUAUUUCGUUAAAAUAGUACUGUAUUUGAUUCUUUAAUCAAAGUACUGGUCAAUAAAA